CGUUGGACAGCAUCGAUCAUGAACACCUCAUCUUCCUCUUCCUCUUCGGGCGGAGAGGCCCAUCCACUCCGACCAUACUACCAACCAAGCGAGGAUACCUUUGUCGCCUCUGCCCCAAAGGCAAAGCAGCCCCCAUCGGCACGCCCAGGCCAUUCGGGUGCAGGACUCGCAGCCGCCAACUCCUCCACGGCUGGCAAGGCACACACAAAGUCGGCCACUGUCACCAUCCCUCGUCCGUCAACCACGAACAGGUACGCUUCCACCAACGAUGAUCUUGGCGGACCUGACAUCUCUGGCCUGUCGGAGUGGACAAAGGCUAGCGUCCUCGCCCUCGCGCUGCAGUACUCUUCCACGUGCAUGGCGAUGCCCUUUGAGGUUGGCAAGCUUCUCUUGCAGGUACAGUGGGUGCCAAAAGAUGAAGUCUAUGAGAACCUCGCGAGAGAGGCAGCAUUGCAAGGACAGUCAGGCAGGAGACUCCCUGCUGCUAGAGGCAAGUCGAGGAGCAGCGACCCUUUUCGAGAUGAGGCAGCGAUAGAUGAUGAGGAUGACGAGGAUGACUUUGAUAGUCAGGACAUGGCGCCCGAGCUCGAAGAAUGGAGGAGGGCAAGCGAUGCCAACCAUCUUGACAGUGACCAGGAAGACGAAGACGAAGAGGACGCGGAGCUCUCAUCGCCCUCGGACGUAGAGGCAUAUUUCCGUGAUGUGUCUGGCUCAUCACGUCCCAGAGCCACGUCGGGAAAGCAACGUAGAGGCGGCAAAGCUCCGGCGACGGAUGCCUCUGGCUACCUCAUGAGGCGCUCGCUCAGAGACGGCGAGUCUGGGGCUCGGCCAGAAUUUGUGAUGCCCAUCGUCGUACGCGGAGGUGUAUGGGAGAUGAUGAAGGCAGUAGCUAGGGGAAAGGAAGGCUGGCCUGGACUGUGGAAAGGUACCUUCACGAGCUUCCUCUAUGACCUCUUGGCAUCGGGCAUCCAGCCAGUCGUCUCUGCUUUCAUCUCGGCGACCUUCAUCCGUAAUUCCCUCUCGACGCUGCCGCUGCCCUACGUGCCUCACCCAAAACGCACUCUGGCACUACUGGUGUCUAGCCACCUAGUCACCCACCUCAUCCUGUCCCCCAUCGACCUGAUCAGGACACGUCUGAUCGUACAGUCUACCCUGACCCGGCACCGCAAGUACUCCGGACCUUGGGAUGCUCUCAGGAAGAUUCGCGCCGAGGAGGGCGGCUGGUCGACGAUGUACGGCCACCCUCAUCUCAUCUUCCCCGCCCUGCUGGAUCUGACUAUCCGACCCUUCCUCAACCUCGCGUCGCCCCUUCUCAUUGAGCGCUUCAUCAGGGUCGAGCCUACCUCUUCGCCGGUAUCGUAUGCCUUCGCCGAGCUGUGCAUCAAUACGGCCAGUCUGCUCCUCUCGCUGCCCUUUGAGACGGUCAGGAGGAGACUGCAGAUUCAGCGUCGAGCCAGCAAAAAUAAAGGUCUCCUCUCAACGGCAGGCGGCGGGGCAGCAGCGCCUUCGACGCCUACGAAGAAGUCUGCAGGUGCAGGUGCAGCUGGAAACUCAGCUUCCUCUUCCUCCUCCUCUGCCUCCGCAGGGGCUCCCUCGACCUUCACAAACAUGCUCCGCAGCGGUGCUGGUCUCUCCAGCUCCUCCACCGGCGUUGGCACUAGCACUAGCAGUAUCGGUCUAGGUCCCACCCGAGGACUCCGUAGCUGCGUUGAGACUCGUCCGCGUCCGUACACGGGCGUAGUAGAGGCCAUCUACCGAAUCCUCACAGAGGAGACUUCGCAGAUUCCUCAACCACUAUCGCGUUUGGAAGAGAAGCACGCGCAACAUCAUGACCACAAGAGUGAUAGAGCGCCCAAGGGGAAAGAGGGAGCACGACCGCAGCCGCAGCAUCGUCAGCACGCCCGUACCCGUGCACAAGAUGUCCCUUCUGGCACCGCGCCCGCCACGCCGGAGCAUUCCCUCCUCCGCUCAGAGAUUCUCGCGCCCCAAACACCCCUUUAUGCUACACUAGGAGGCGUCAAGAGCCUCUACAGGGGCUUCACAAUGGCAGCUGGUGCAAAUCUGGUCGUCUUCUUCCUCACAGUCGUCACGGGGGAAAGGGUUAGCAGUGGUCCUGGUGCGGGUGGGGGUUGGGCGGAAAUUUGAGGGAGGCGGGAGUGGGAGGAGAGGUGCAAGGGGAAGGAGAAGAGGGAAUGGUAGAUGGAUGGAGGGAGCGAGGAAUUGGGGCGAAGUGCUGAUGAGUGAAUCAGGUGCUGCUAGACUCUAUUUCACUUUCACUACUCUCCUUCUGUCUGUCCCUUGCGCUUUCGCCCACGCUGUCUCUGUCACCCGCGUCUAGGCCACUUGCAAUUUCGACCCAUUGAAAUCGAGGGUUCUCUCUGU